GCCGCUCUCCAAGAUGGCGGCGCCCAGGGGCGGUGUGGCUGGGGGUAGGAUGAAGCGGGGGGCGGCCGCCCGCGCCCGCCGCGGCGGGAAACUGGACCGGCUGCGGCAGGCGGUGCAGGACUACGUGCAGGCGGCCGGCGGCCAGCCGUCGCUGGCUCUGCUCAAAGACUCGGAGAGGUACAAUCGCAGGAGCCGCCGGGACGCCAGGAAGGAGAAGCGCAGACUAAAGCGGAGCCGCCGCCGCCGACUCCAACGCGGAGAGCUGGUGGAGGUUCCCACCGUCCCGGCUAAGCCCGCUCCAGCGAAGCCGGCCCCGGCCAAACCUUCUUCGGCCAAAUCCGCUUCGGCCAAGCCCACUCCGGCCAAGCCGGCCCAGGCCAAGCCGGCUUCUGCCGCCCGCCCCGGAGCCCCGGCUCCGCCCGCCGCUGGGAAGCAGCGGCCCAGGCCGGUCUUAGCAUCGUUAUCGACAGCCCUCGACGCCCCCUCCGCCGCCCCAGCCACCUCGGCGCGGAAACGGGCCCUGCUGGAAGCCAACGAGGAGGAGGAGAAGGAGAUCCGGCGGCUGGAGCGGCAGCUGGGGCUCGGGAAGCGGCGCAAGAAGCAGGAGGGCCCGGCGGCCGAGCGGCUGCCGCAGAGCUUCCUGCGGGACGGGCUGGGAUACGUGCUGGGAGCGCUGGGCACACGGGCCGGGCUCAGCCAGCUCUGCGAGAGCAGCGACGAGGAGAGCGAGCGGCAGGACCGCGAGCCGGGGCCGCGGGAGCGCCCGCCGGGGAGCGAGGAGGAUGGUGACGACGAGGAGGAUGGUGACGACGAGGAGGCUCAGGAAGAUGCCUCAGACCCCUCCGAGGCAGAUGACGUGGAAGGACAUUGGGAGAGCGAGAGCUCGUCCCCUGAGGACGGCGGGGUGCCAGAGGCCAGCGAACCCUCGAGCGAGGAGGAGGAAGAGAGUGAUAAUCAUGGUGCUACAAAGUAUGUUCCUCCUCAAAUAAGGAAAGCUGAGGAGACCCUAGAUGACAAGAAAAGAGAGGAAUUGGGAAGACUGAAGAAAAUGGUGAAUGGCCUCAUUAAUAGGCUGAGUGAACCAAAUUUGUCCUCCAUCAGUGGACAGAUGGAAGAGCUCUACAUGGCCAACAGCAGAAAGGACAUGAAUGACACCCUGACAGACAUUCUCAUGAAUGCCUGUGUUACUGCAGUUGCCAUGCCUGCAAGACUCCUGAUGGAGCACGUCCUUCUGGUCAGCAUCCUUCAUCAUAAUGUAGGAAUUGAGGUCGGUGCUCACUUUUUGGAAGCUGUGGUGAAGAAAUUUGAUGAACUCUGUAAAAGUGAUUCUGAAGGGAAGGAAUGUGAAAAUCUGCUUGCCUUGAUUGCUCAUCUGUAUAACUUCCAUGUGGUUCAUUGCCUGCUGAUCUUUGAUAUUCUGAAAAAGCUUGUUAGCGCUUUCACUGAAAAAGAGAUUGAGCUGAUUUUGUUUCUUCUGAAAAAUGUGGGCUUUUCCUUAAGAAAAGAUGAUGCAUUGGCUUUGAAAGAGCUGAUCACUGAAGCCCAGAGGAAAGCAAGCACAGCAGAGAAGAAAUUCCAGGAUCAGACAAGGGUUCGGUUCAUGCUGGAGACUAUGCUGGCACUUAGGAACAAUGACAUGCGGAAGAUCCCUGGCUAUGAUCCUGAGCCAGUUGAAAGACUCCGCAAAUUGCAGAGAUCUCUGGUUCACAGCAGUGGUUCAGGAAAAGACACCCAGCUCCGCGUGUCCCUGGAGUCUCUCCUCAGUGCUGACCAGGUCGGUCGCUGGUGGAUUGUGGGGUCAUCCUGGAGUGGAGCACCAAUGAUCAGUGAUACCAAAAGCCAGGCUCAGCAAAAGCUGCAAGUAGGAAAGGUGAGUUCAAAAAUAAUGGAGCUUGCUCGUAAGCUGAGAAUGAACACUGAUAUCAGGAGAAGUAUUUUUUGUGUCUUGAUGACAAGUGAAGACUUCAUGGAUGCCUUUGAAAAACUUCUGAAGCUUGGACUGAAAGAUCAGCAGGAGAGAGAAAUAGUUCAUGUCAUCCUUUACUGCUGCUUCCAGGAGAAGACAUUCAACCCCUUCUAUGCAUUUUUGGCUAACAAGUUUUGUGGACAUGAAAGACGAUUUCAGGUGACAUUUCAGUUUAGUAUUUGGGACAAAAUCAGAGACUUAGAAAACCUGUCAGCUGCUGCCAUCUCCAACUUGGUUUCACUGCUGGCUCACUUAAUAAGGACAAAAUCACUGCCACUUUCAGUUCUCAAGGUAAUUGAAUUCAGUGAACUGGACAAACCCAAAGUCCGUUUCUUACGACAGGUAUUAAGCACACUGUUAACCAAAGCAGAUGAGGAAGAAAUUACUGACAUUUUUAUGAGGGUAUCUGACAACCCCAAACUGCAAAUGCUGCGGGAAGGCUUGAAACUCUUCCUUAGCCACUUCUUACUGAAACAUGCCCAAGCCCAAAAGAGUGCUGAAGAAGCUAGCUUGUUAAGAGAGAGAGUGGAACUAGCAACCAAGGCUUUAGAGGCAAAAGAACCCAAACUGAAGCUAUAGUUAUACUUUUACUAAUAAAAUAUACAGAAAAACCAAGCUGGGGUCUUUCAGACCUAAGUAAUUGAGAAUGAGGAGAGCUGUUUUACUCUAAAGGAUCAAUUUUCUUUAGGUAACUAAAGAAAAAAUUGCUACUUCUCUCUAUGUCCUAAUUAGAGGUUUAAUUGAAGGGGAUACAAGGCCUUUUUGAAGAAAGAGAAAAUGUCGUUUUGUCAUGUCCCUUUUUGGGACAAGUGCUUCAGGUGGGUGGCUGGUAUCUGGAGAAGAGGGUGAAUUUCUCUUCUAUGAUACUUUGUCAGCUGUGGUGUUCUGCAUUGUAUAUUCUAGCCUUUCAUUUAAAGUAAUAAAAGAAGCAGCCUUAACUAAAGGCUUUUGAUAAGGAACCCUGGUACUCACCUGAAGAAUGAGGCCACUAGAUGGCACAAGCACUGGUGAGUCGGUUGGGGAAGAAAUCGACUUUUUUCUUAAAGUGUUGGAAGUUAUUUGCUAAUUCUGUGAAUUGAUUCCCUGUGACUGUGGGUCAGGAAAAGAUCUUCAGUUGGAUUCAGAGCUGUAGCAAAGCAACUUGAAGAUCUGUCUUUUCCCAAUUAUAUUGGGUUUAGAGAUAACAGCAUACUUGUAUGGCUUUUUUAGCCUGUUUUUCACGGCUUUAGAAAUGGAGUUGCCAAAUCACUUGUGUUAAUCAGAUUUUUCUAGACAUAAACAAUAUCAUCAAUGUGAGUCUUUAGGAGAGAAUAUGCCUCUUAAGAGUUUGCUCAUGUUUUUAAUUUGGAUGCUUAAAAAAAAAUAUAGGCACAUUUCUUUCUGUAACACUCUAUAAAUGGUUUGUUUCUUUUGUCACCUUACCACUACACAUUAAGCUGCCAUUUUUCUAAAUGCUUUGGUGUUUGUGUUAGCUUUACUCUGGCUGUCCUGCCAAGAAGAGAAUGACCUUAAAUUGGGUGGAGAAGAGAAGUACUUUCUUGUCUGGAAUGCUCAUCUGUGAUCUACCUGUGUUGGAGUUGUCAGCCCUGUUUCUGUAGCCAGACCUGCCUCUGAUAUCCAGUGGGCCAUUUACUUAUGGUUCCUCCCAGUUUGCCUGUGAUACCAAUUGAUCUGUCCCUGUUGGCAAAAUUUAUUUUUUAAUCAAAUUGUUAAAUGUAGUAAAUUCUGCUUACUCAGGUGUACUGUUUGGAGGUGGAGAAGUGUUUCCCUCAGCAGCCAGGGAGCUGGUUUUUCUCACCUUUCCUCUGAGAGGAUAGGGCAAGCUUUAGAGAAAAAGGUGUCCUGGGAGCAGAGACUUGCUUUCAAAAUCCUGGGUCACGCUAGCAAAGUAACAGAAGAGGUUUUUAUCAAAUAACAAAGCAAGAUGCUUUUUUUUCAGCCUGUUUUUUUUCAGCGUGUUUCAUACCACUGGCAGCUUUUGAGUGUACAAAACGUAAAAAUUCAUUGUGAUAAAAUCAAUUACAAUGUUUUCUAGAAUUCAUACCAAUUAAUAAAGUUUGGGCAGCAGCAGAAUUGAUGCUAUUUUGGUGUUUAUAAAAGUCACAACUUUAGGGGGUGUGUGUAAACAUCUUCCCUUACAACCAACCAUGCCAAACCUUAUACUUAAAGUUUGGAGUAUGGACUCAGGAGAAAAUCUGUGCAAGCCCCUAGAAAUAGCUGCCCUGGAACACAUGGGGCUCUGUGAGUAAAAAUUGUUCCCUCUACACUGCAGCAGCCACUUAAUUGCCCUUUUUGCAGGAGUUUAGGUAGACCCAGCAUGUCAGCAUGUUGGUGCUUUAAUAACACACCAAUGGAAGCACAUUGCUCUAGCAGGCAAAUUGAGGCAACUUCUGCUGGAGAUAAAUUUUGAAUCAUCUUCCUUAGCCCAAAGGUGCCAGGCUGCCUGUCCUUGCCUGGUAUGAGGGCUUUGCUUGAUGAUGGGAGCUGACCAGCUUUGCUGCUGUGGCAGCACUGCCAAGUGUUUUAUGGGUGUGAGCAUUCACUUGCUGCAGCUGCCUGAGGUGGUGCAAUGCAGGUGUUGCUGUGCAAUUAGAGGAGAUGGUUUUAACCUUACAGUCGAGAAUUACAAUUGCUUUUUUUUUCCCACUGAGAUUUGCAUGAAUUAUUAUUUCUCCCCAAGAGCUCGUAUGUUUUGUUCAAAAUUAGUGUUAUCAGAGCCAUUGUUUUGUUUCUGAAGAAAACAGAUCUUACCUGCCUGGAAUUUUGCAUUCAGCAGAUUUAUGUAUAAACAUCAUUAAAAAAAAAAACACAAAACCCUUUUUAAGGAAAGCAGCAGAAAUACACUGCCAGCCCACAGUGCUGUAGUCACAUCAACGAUGGGUUUUGUGGGUGAUUCUGCACAAGUCCCAUCCUCUCACUGUGAUUCAAUGAGUCUGACAGAAAUCUGACUAUUCCAAGGUAUAUGUGAAUUCCUGAGUCUUGGAUCUUGUCAUAUUUAACAACUUUUUCCAUGGUCCUACUGGCCAGAUGGCCACAGCUCGACAGAGGUGAAGGCCUGGCAGGCUCUGCUGUUGAUGUACAGAAGCAUCUGCAAGCUGUUGCUUCAGUGGUGGUUACAUUCCAAGGAUAUAAAGCACAUGUGAAAAGGAAAGCAGAGAGGAUUUUUGUACUUAUUUAUAUGUGUAUUUAUAUUAAAAUAUAUAUAUGCAUAAUGUAUUUUAUAGGUAUUCUACAUGUAUGCUUCUGUGUCUAAACAUAUAUUAAACACUGUGUA